AUGAGGGGCCACAACAUGAAGAAAACUCUCCUGGUUCUGCUAGGGACCAGUCUGCUGCUCUUCGUCCUCACUGUCUGGCUCUCCAUAGGCGAAUCUGCACAUUACAGGCCUGGAACAGUCACAUCCACAUUUGGAUUAGUAAAGCCAGAAGUGAACUUCAUAGUUACUUCACAGUCCAACUAUACUACAAGCCCAGUAAACAAUUCAUACUGCAGAGAUGUUCAAGACCGGCUGUUGACUGUAUCAUUAAAGAAGCGGUACUCUGAAGACUAUUAUAUCCAAACUGUUAAUGAUCUGCAGAACUGUACAUGGCACAAAAGGCCAGAAGAACGUAGCAAGUUCAGGUUGGAUUUGUCCUCGUGCUGCAAUGGUGUCAAGAACUUCAUCGUUUCUCAGAACAAUACCUCAGUAGGAAUCAACAUUACAUAUGAAGUGGAGAGUAAAAAGAGAAUUUUAAUAACUGAAGAAAUUUACAGAAUGCUUCCAAAGUCCCAGCCCUUUGAUGGAACCCCCUUCAAGCAAUGUGCUGUGGUUGGGAAUGGAGGAAUCCUAGCAAACAGCGGAUGUGGAGUAGAGAUCGACCAGUCUGAUUUUGUAUUCAGGUGUAACCUUCCCCCUACAUCGGGAAAUGUAAGUGUUGAUGUUGGAAAUAAAACAAAUCUCGUUACAGUUAAUCCAAGCAUUAUUUCUCAAAAAUAUAGAAAACUUAAUAAGGUGAAAAAUGUUUUUCUAAAGUAUGUCUCAAACUAUGGAAAUUCCUUGCUUUUGUUGCCAGCAUUUUCCUACAGCAGCAACACAGCCAUUUCAUUUGAAGUGCACCGUGUACUGGAGAAAAACCAGGCAAAACAAAAAGCUGUAUUCUUUCACCCAAACUAUCUCAAAAACCUUGCAAAGUUUUGGAAAGGGAAGGGCGUAAGGGCUUAUCGUCUUUCUACUGGACUCAUGAUUACCAGCGCCGCCAUGGAACUGUGUGAAGAAGUAAUACUGUAUGGGUUCUGGCCUUUCUCCAAGGAUUUAGAGGGAAAGCCAAUUAGCCAUCACUACUAUGACAAUAUGCUGCCAAAGCCUGGCUUUCACGCUAUGCCCAAAGAGUUUUAUCAGGUCCUUCAACUGCAUCACAAAGGGGUCCUCAGACUUCAAAUUGGGAAGUGUGAAAAGAGAUAA